AUGAUUGUUCUGUUUCAUUAUGCAGCUGACUUGAUUGGUCUUCCAAGUAUUUUCACCCACCGUGACACAACAAGCACUGGAGGUGGCGUGCUCCAGGGCACCAUGAGUGAGGCCACUUUAGUAUCAAUGUUCGCUGCUCGACGAGAUGCUAUAAUCCGACUUCAGGAGAAACCAGAAUACCAAGGAAUGGAAGAAGCGACGAUAUGUUCCAAGCUAGUUGCUUAUUGUUCAGAUCAGGCUCACUCUUCCUUAGAAAAGAAUGCAGUGAUAGCCAUGGUGAAACUCAGACAUGUGCCCUCAGAUAAGAAGCUUAGCCUACGAGGAGAAGCGCUUCGUGCUGCCAUUGAACAAGACAGAAAUAGAGGACUGGUCCCUUUCUAUGUAUGUGCCACCUUAGGAACUACUGGGGCUUGUGCAUUCGACAAUCUUGCUGAAUUGGGUGAAAUAUGUGAAAGGGACAACUUAUGGUUGCAUGUAGACGCGGCCUACGCCGGUACAGCAUUCUUGUGUCCGGAAUUCCGGGGCCAUCUCCACGGGGUAGAAAAGGUUCAGUCAUUUGCUUUCAACCCGAGUAAAUGGCUGAUGGUUCAUUUUGACUGCACUGCUAUGUGGAUACGUGACAGUAAAACACUGGAGAAGGCAUUCUGCGUAAAGCCACUAUACCUCCGCCAUGAUAAGCAGGGAUCGGCCGUCGAUUUUAUGCAUUGGCAAAUCCCACUGAGUCGACGCUUCCGCUCCCUAAAGCUCUGGUUUGUUCUACGCUCUUUUGGUGUAAAGAAACUUCAGGAGCAUGUCCGUAGGGGUGUUCGACUUGGUCGCUAUUUUGAGGAACUAGUUUCAAACGAUGCUGCAUUCGAAAUUCCAGCCGAGAGAAUACUUGGUUUGAUUGUCUUUAGACUGAAGGGACCAAAUGAACUCACUCAAGAGCUUUUGAGACGCCUCAAUUACUCCGGCAAGAUCUAUGUUGUACCUGCCUCCAUUAAAGGUCUUUACGUCAUCCGAUUCACUGUGACGUCAACAGAGACCACUGAAGAUGACAUUUUGGAGGAUUGGCGUCUCAUCCAGUCACUUGCACGUGAAAUUUUCGUCUCGACAGACAUCGUGGCCAAUGUCCCCACAAGGAUGGCAUCAUGGCCUGGUGCCCUCAAUCUUACCGGUGCACCAAGUGCCAUCCACGUCCUUAAGAACCGGAAAGAAAACUAUGUUGAAAACAACAACGAAGAUAAGAGAGAAGAUGAGAAUGAAAGCCUUGCAAAGAAAAUAGAAGAAAUGAAUGGGGAAGAAAGGGAGAAUGUGCCACUCAUCUACAAACCAGGACGAGAAAGAAAGACAUGUCUAAAAAAGCUGAUGAACUACCGUAAAAAGAUGGGUCGUCGUGCGAUGUCAGAAGAAGCUGAGGGCUACGGCUAUCCUUUCAAUGCAUUCUAUAGCUUCGAGGAUACUUCCAGCGGUCUACCCUCACCAUGCGAAGACCUUGAUGACCAAGAGUUUGUUGGAGAGGAUGAAGUGUUUGGGAGCAAUGGUCAUAUCGAGAAUGGGUACUCCAACGAUGACGUGCUUGAGCAGCUAGUUGGCGAUGACGAUGACAACGAAACAGCCACACCUAUGGACAGUCCCAAGGCAGACGAUGAUAACGCGAGCUUCCCGCCAACACCGAAGCACGAGGUCGCAUCUGAUGAUGGCAUUACUCAACUCAAUACCACACCAAGUACCAACAUCACCAAACUGGAUUUCACGGCCAAUGGGCAAGCACAGCCAAUCAUCAUGGGCACAGAGAAACCUGCUGAUGUUGGGGUCGCCAGCAAGGGUAGGUUUGGUGCUCUUAGCCAGACUAAAGAAAGUACCUACAAUGGAGUGGUGAAUAUUUGCCACUAUCGCUCUACCAAAGGCUCCUCAAACGGCUCCACUGAAAGAAACGAGGAGGAGCAGAAUACUGAAUUGUGCGACCAAGAAUAAUUCCUUGCCGAUAUAAAUUCAUUAGUACUAGAAUCGAGUGUCAUGUGUGUUCAAUAACUAUCGUAAUUACUGUUUGAACAAGAAAUUAAAAUGUAUUUUAACUUUUCUGUCUAUAUCAAUGAAUAAAUGUAUACGUUCUGAUUGUAAAUGCAAGUGAUCGUUACUAAGAGGGCAUUUAUUUUUAUUUCCUCUGUGCCCAUCAAGAUCAUUCACACUUCCAGAUUAUGAAAUCAAUUUUUGAACCAAAUAGGAAACCGUCUUUUAGAAACAUAUUUAUGAUUCAUGUCAUUGUAGGCUUUCCAGAAGUCCUUUAUCAUAGCGAAUACUUUUCUGUAAGUAAUUUGGAUGUGUUUCGUCCCUGUAGUAUGCUCUAUAAUUGGAUCAUGACAUAGGUCCUAUGGUGUAUAUACAGCAAUGAUAAAAUGUUUGUAUUAUUUCGUCACUUAUUACAAAAAAAAAUAAAAGGAACGACACCAUUGUAAUCAAGUACAACGUUAUCCCACAUUGGUAUUAGUCAUGAAAAUGGGAAUUUUUAUUUAGGAUAAACGGACAACACUCUUCCUUCUAUAAACCAAUGAACCUCUUCGUUAAUAAAAUAAAGUUAUUCGCGUCUGUAUUCCAACAAAGUUUGUCGAAUAAAAAAAUACAAUUGACAUCUUGUCAUUAUCAAGAAAUAGUAUAACCUGAAAAUCGCAUUGAGCUUGUAUAGAUAAUAUUUCAUUGCUUUAGAUGAGAUGUCCCUAAAACACGACAGUUAGUAAAUGAAAAUGUAAUUGACACUUUGAUAAUUGUAUCUAUCGAGAACUUAUGAGUUCUUCAUUGAAUCUUCAUUGUAACCAAUAAUGAAAUUAAGUGUAAAAAAAUAAAUUUUCCCCUCCAAUAUAACAGUAAUUCAUAAAGUUUUUACUUAGUAAUCAUUUGUCUUACACCCUACUCAUGCUGUACAUGUACGAGGAAGCUGUAAAGAUUUGAAUUUAAUUUAAUAAUGUUUGAAGUGUGAAUUUAGGAAUUGUGUGUAGAUCAAUAUUCAAUUAAAGGAGGUUGUUCUUUAGCCGAAAUUUUAGUGUCUAAAUGUAGAUUAUAUUUCGUCUCUAAGAAACGUAUAGAACAUGUAAUAAAAACAUAAUUACUUCAGACGUUGAUUAAUCCUGAAUUUAUUCAUUUCUAGACAAAAAUGUAAAUGGUAAACAUCAAAACAGGAGGAUACACCAGGCUUUCUCAUGACAUCAUUUAGUCUAUCGUCACCCCAUGCCGUGCAUGUAACUGCUUUCAAGCUAUACCUUAAUAUUGUAUUUUUUUCACCUCGUAUUUUAAUAUUACCAGUGUUAUAAGUAAUUGAUUAUUCUCUAUAUUUCAUAUAUCGUAUUGUGACCUUUAUAGUUAGUAUAUCAAUCAAUGAUGAACAACACAUAGAAAACAGAAUUAAGGCCAGUCAGAUAUAUGUGAUUCUUUAUUCACAUAUCGUAUUUAAAAUUUUGUUUUGCUAGUUAA